AUGCUAAAGGUUAUCAAAGCCGUUUUCAACCCGUUAGGUGGAGCCCAGACGCGCGUUUGCAUCCCUUCGUCCCAAAAUUCCAGGCUCCAAGGCCCAAUGCUAAGUCGUCUCCUGUCCAACUGCGGCAUAACGAAUCAGGGGCAGAAAAUGAUGGUUAGAAUAGUUGGGGGAUGUUCGCAGUACGCAAAACGUAGCGGUGAUCCUGCAACUCUCCUCUCAGCACGAGACACGACCAUUCAGCUCUCGAAUAACAAUUCGACGCUCAUGGAUCCGUACGGAGACGGAAGUUUGACUUAUGUCGGUCUUGCUCUGGGGGAGAGAGCUGCUGGACAUUACGAUCUGAAAGUCAAUUUCAGUGGGACUAUUGACAAUUUGACGAUUUUGAAUGCUUUCGGAGAGGAGUAUGCUAGGAAUGAUACCCCCAAUGGACAGGUAACUUUGUUGUUUGAUGUUACUGACGACUCGUAUUUGCCACUGGCAUUGAUUGCUUGGACUGAGAACGAGGUCAAUGUGUCAUUUACUGGGACUGGUGACUUGACAUCGUCGCCGUCAUCUUCGUCCAGCACUCCGACUCCCACCUCGGCGGCCGCCAAUCAGUCGGGAAGAGUGUUCAUUCAUCUAGUGGUGAUAUGUAUGGGCUCUUUACUUAUGCUUGUAAUUUGA